AUGGCUGAGGAUACCCCUACUGCCUCGGCACCUGCCCCCGACGCCGCUGAGUCGGUCGAGCGCGCCCCUGCUGAACCCAAGGAAUCCGCGCCAGAGGCAACCAAGGAGAAGGAGGAGACGGCCAAUGGAUCGAAAGAGAAGCCAUCGGGAGAUGCAACUGCCACCGAAGAAAAGAAGGAGUCAGAUGAAAAGUCCACUGAGAAGCCUGAAGAGAGUGCUGCACCUGCAGAGUCAGAGGCUGCCACUGCCCCAGAGGCUAACGGAACCCCUGCGUCGGCUAAGAAAUCCGGAAGCACAAAGCGCAAAUCAACUGGCGCCGUGCCCGAACAUAAAUCCAAAUUGAAUCGGAAAAAGUCGCAGGCUCGCAUGACCAACCUGCACGCGAAGCCAGGCGAGUACUACCUAGCGCGCCUUCGCAGCUACCCACCAUGGCCAUCUAUCAUCUGCGACGAGGAGAUACUCCCUGAGACUCUUUCGGGUACGCGCCCGGUGACCGCUCAGCGCGCCGAUGGCAGCUACAGGGAAGAUUACGCCGAAGGCGGCAAGCGUGCUCACGAGAGGACCUUCCCCGUGAUGUUCCUCGAAACGAAUGAAUUUGCCUGGAUUCCUAACACGGAUUUGACCCCGCUCGAACCCGCCAUCUGCAAGGAAGUGUCGGAGAAGGGCAAGUCGAAGUUGCUUUUGGCCGCAUAUUCCGUGGCUGCUGAUGGCCACGACCUUGAACACUUCAAGAGCCUGUUGGCCGACCACCAGCGUGCGAUCGAGCAGGAAGAAGAAGAGCGGGAGGCCCAGGCGGCGGCAAAGGCAGCUGCUAAGGUUGAAAAGGACGCCAAGAAGAACAAGCGGAAGAGUAUGGAGAUCGUCGAUGACGAAGAUAUUGACAUGGAAGAUGCGGACGAGGAAGCCAAGAAGCCCAAGAGCUCCAAGAAGAGGAAGAAGGAUGCUGAAGCCGACGCGGAGGAGAAGCCUGCUAAGACUCCCAAGACCGGUACCAAGCUCAAGCUGACGACCCCGAAGACUCCCGCCAGUGAGAAGAAGGCUCCUGCUUCGAGCAAGGCCAAGCAGACUGCCAGCAGCAAGAAGUCCAGCAAGGCUGUUGCCAGUGAUGAGGGUGAGGAGAGCACUCCCGCGGCGCCUAAGGAGCCAGAGAAGCAGGUCAAUCCCGAGGAGGCCAAGGCCAAGAAGGAGAAAGAGAUUCUUUUCGUUCGCCAUAAGCUCCAGAAGGGCUUCAUCUCCCGUGAUCAGCCUCCCCAGGAGGAAGAGAUGACAUCAAUGUCAACCUACUUCACUAAGUUGGAAAAUUAUCAAGACCUGGAGGUUUCCAUCAUCCGUUCAACGAAGAUCAACAAGGUUUUGAAGAUGAUUGUCAAGCUUAGCUCCAUUCCUCGGGAUGAAGAAUUCCAAUUCCGUCGCCGUGCUGUGGAUCUCUUGUCUAAGUGGAAAACUGUGCUCGAUGCAGAUACCACUCCAGGCCCUUCAGAGAGAAAGUCCAAGGCCAACGGCAUCCACAAGGAGGAUAGCGUGGAGACCCCUGCUCGUGGAGAAACGGAAGGCGAAAAGGAGGAGGAGUCCAAGCCAACCAAGCCCGAGACCAAGGACGAGGAGAUGACCGAUGCGGAUGCUAAGGAGAAGACUGAGGUUCCUGAUGUAGCAAAGGAGGAAUCUGACAAGACGACCCCCAAGACCGACGAACCAGCCGUUGAAAAGGCCACAGACGACAAGGGUUUUGAGGAGAAGACAACAGAGGAGAAGCCUACCGCAGAGAAAGCAGAGGAAAAGACUGCAGAAGCUUCUGCAUAA